ACCAAGAGAGUGGCUUCACCGGAAGAUCCAAAAUACUGGAAACUAAAAGCUAAGAAACCCAAAGACCUUUUCCAGCUGACCCUUUUCUCUUUCUCUUAGAUUCUUCAAGGUUUCAUUAGUACUACUAACCAGUAUUUAUUUAGAGACCUAGCCUUAUUUGAUGUUGAAGCAGUACUACUACUCGUCGUCGUCGUCGAUGAGCUCAGUCAUGAGUAGCUCAUCCGCGUCAUGGGAGGAGAAGGCUUUCGCUGAAGACGCAGCUGGCUCGCUUGGUGGCGGUGGCUGCGUAUGGCCGCCGAGGUCUUAUUCUUGCAGCUUUUGUAUGAGGGAGUUCAGGUCGGCUCAAGCUCUUGGGGGUCACAUGAAUGUUCACAGAAGAGACAGAGCUAGACUCAAGCAAUGUCUUCACAACAGUAGUAGUAGUGCUAGUCCUUCACUAGUUACAGAUCAUGUCCCUCGUCACCUUAGAAAUCAUAGCCAUGGCUUUGUUGCGACUUAUCCUUUUUCAGCUCCUAGGGCUUUCACCUCUCCUUAUUCUUCUUCAAAUUCUUGUUCAACUGCUGCCGCUGCUGCGUCUUGGUCAGAUUCGAAAGCCGCUGAUCUAUUGGGAAAGAAUAUCAUGGUGCUGGGGUCGUCAGAAGAAGAAGAUCAGUCUAUUAUAAAUCUGCUGGGCGGUGAUCAAGUUGGGGAUUUUGUUGAAACUGACUUGUCAGUGGGGUUGAUUAAUACAGUUUUUAGAGGAAACAAACAAUUAGCUGGGUCUUGUGGGAAAGAGGAAAGCACUUGUAAAAGGCCUAAGAUUGCUUCCGCUAUGAGCUCAGCAUGCGCACCAUUUCCAUUCUUUCUCCAAUCUACGGAGGUAAAUGGACUUAUGGAUGCGGCUGACUCCAUGGAAGAUUUGGAUCUUGAGCUCAGGCUUGGUGACCCAACUCCCAAGGUCAAAUGACCAUGUACAACUUCUGAGCGUGCACUAAUUGUAUGGCUGAUCGAUCUUCAGGUUCCUCUUAUUUGGAAGAAGAGAGAGACAUCAAUCAGUUUAGUUUUUCUGCUUUAAUUUAGUUUUCUUUUAUUCUUGCCUAACAUUUGAAAUGAAAUCAAGCAUGCCAACUUGCUGGAGAUAUUGUGAUCAUGAGCACAUAGUUGAAGUCGAAAUUAAUGGAUUUAUGCAC